CAAUGUGCAGGACACCUGAAAGCGACACAAUCAACGAACAUUUCCCGAAGGGAUACUUAAAUUGAAAAACCUACACAAAACCCAGUGAAAAGUUUUCGAGCCUCAAAACCCGGCACCGAAAACCCCCAGAAAUCCGACCCAAAUGGUUAUGUCGCCAAGUAGACGACUGUCACCGCCAGGAAUUGCCACGCAUCCGAUGAACAUGCAUUUGAGCCAGCUGCAACACUCCCAGCUGCAAUUGUCGUCGCAGAUGCAUCAGAAGCUGGCGGCCGGACUGACGCCCAACCACAUGAGCGGCUUCUUCAAGAGCCCGUCAACGUCGCCGAGCAGUGCCGGCGCUAAUAUGAGCAACAGCAACAGUUUAAACAACAACAAUAACCAUCAUCACAUCAGCAAAAGUCAGAGUAACAACAACAAUAACAACGGAACGCCUACAAGUAUGCCGUCUGCCACGGAAUUAUCAACCCACCCUCUGAACCGUUUGCAGUCGAUGCAGCCGUUCGAUUUUCGGAAGUUGAGCGCAGCCGCCGCUGGGCUGAGUGCGUUCACAGCAGGUCUGCCGCCGCCACGACUAAGCCCGGAAGCAGCUGCCGCACAGCACCACUUCAACCAGCAGCAAGCCGCCGCAGCAGCCGCCUACUCACACGCUACAGCCAAACGGCGAGAAUCGCAAGCUUCCGACUCGUCACCAACUGCUCGAGACCAUGCAGCAGCCGCCGCUAACUUCAUGAAUCUCUCGAUGGCCGGCCACGGCCUACCAUUCCCAAUCCCGCCACCUCCUCCACCAACCUCGGUCGCCAUGUCCCUGGCCAACUCCUUAAACCACUCAGCUGCCGCAAUGGCCGCCUCUCUAUCGGGCAAUCCCCUAGCUGCAAGCUUUGUGGCGCAGUCCUUCCCAAACCUACUAGCAGCUUCAGCCGCCCGGGAACAUGCUCGCAGCAAGUCACCGCUAACCUCAAACCACAAGCUCACGCUUAAAACCGAAAAACCCUCGGACAAGUCUGACAUCGAGAAAAACCACCACCGCGAGGAAAGCGUGCUAAAUCUCAGCCGUGACCUAGCUGCUGCAGCUGCCGCUAACCAGCACAUCUCCCGUCAAGGUCUACCCUCGCACAUGGCCCGAAUCGGAGGCGCUGGGCUCCCCCCGCACCUCAAGAAACCUCAAUCUCCCAGCAAGCGCCAAUGGGGUUCCCUACCCCCAAACCUAGGCACCCAGUUCGUCAACCCGGCCACCGGCAAAAAGCGGGUCCAGUGCAAUGUCUGCCUGAAAACCUUCUGCGACAAGGGCGCCCUCAAGAUCCACUUCUCGGCCGUCCACCUGCGGGAAAUGCACAAGUGCACCGUCGAGGGUUGCAGCAUGAUGUUCAGCUCCCGACGAUCCCGCAAUCGGCACAGCGCCAACCCGAACCCGAAACUCCACUCCCCUCAUCUCCGUCGCAAGAUCUCACCCCACGAUGGACGCACCGCUCAACCCCAUCCGAUGCUUUUACCUUCGCCAGGACUCCCAAUGCCAAACGGACUCAACCCGCUGCAUCCGUUUGCCCCGUUCCCGUUGCUUCCACCCGGGGAUAUGCGACACCACUCGCUUUCCGCGCUCGAGUUCAAGGCCAACAUGGAGGCUAGCAUGCACCGGCGGCUACAAGAGCAGGAGAAACAACGCGCUGCCGCCGCCGCUGGAGAAGGUCAACGACCGCAGUCCAUGAGUCCAGAGAACUACCGCUAUAGGAGUCCGCUGGACGACAACGUGGACAAAUACGGCAGCUCGAUCGGAAGCCACCUGGACGAUCUGGAUGACGAUGACGAUGAUGACGACAAAAAUGGAAUCGUUAUCGAUGGACACGACGAUGACGACGAUGACGAUAUGCAGGGUUUCGAUAUGUCGAUGAGUUCCGAAUCGGAGGAUGUGAAGUCGUUCCAUCACUCGGGAACGCCGGAGCAGGAGUACGAUAGUGAUCGUUUGAGUAACCAUCAUCUGCGAUACCAGGAAGCUUCCGAGAUGGGAUCGGAGAAUGAGCCGCAGGACUUUAGCAUAGCGAAAACGGUGGUGACCAAGCAGGAAAAGCAGCAUUCCGUGAGUUCGGAUGGUGAUGAAGUUGGUAGUAACGUCGACAGUAAUGAAGAUUCCUCAGUUAACGAUUCGCAAUUGGCGCGGGAUGAUUUGAACGCAGCUAUGUCGAUCAACAAACGCAAGAGGAAGAGCAUGAACCCGACAAAGUGUGCAAUUACGCAGGAGGAGAGUGAAGAAAGGGAUGGUGAUGAGGCUGAACCAUUGAUCAAGCAGAUUAAGUUAGAGACGGCGCCGCUUUCGUUGGUGAAUGAUCGACGAGAAUCGGUUUCGCCGCGUGCGAAUGGUGAAGCUGCUCCUGAGGAAGCUGAGGCUGUGGAAGAGAAUUCGUCGGCGAUGAAGAUUAAGGCGGAACCGAGUGAGCCGCAGGAUGAGGCGGAAAACCUGUCGCUAGAUCUGUCGAAGAAGCGUUCAACGCCGGACGUUAACGCGAAUGAAAAGUUCACCAAAUAUACGAUCGAGUGUAAACCGGCCUCGGAGCUGAUGGAGGAUCCGAUGUCCCUGGUGCGCCCGAUGCGAGAGGAAGAAUUGCGCAUUGAAGCGGAAGAUUUGCGGAGACCUAGCUCGGUUGAAAGCAAGAAGAGCGCAGAGGGAUUGGAUGCCGCGAAUACGCUGCGGAGGUUGGAGAAUCUCUCGCACGGGCCGUUAAACGAAAUGAUGCAACGAGGAGGACUGCCGCAGUUUCCUCCACUGAGCUAUCUGAUGAAUGCUGCCCCACCAAGUCCGGCGAGGUCUAGAAGUCCUUCGCCACAUCCAACGGGGGCUAGUCCGCAGCACGAGAUCGACUCCGACGACAACGUAGAUUACUGCGAGGAAGGCAACUGCUUCAGUGACCCAAAUACACCUCUCGACAAAGAUAACCCAAAGAAAUGUUCCGCUUGCGGUAGAAUGUUCCAGAACCACUUCGCUGUGAAGGCUCACUACCAAAAUGUGCAUCUCAAGCUGCUGCACAAGUGCAAUAUCGAUGGCUGUAAUGCGGCCUUCCCUUCGAAACGUAGCCGCGAUCGUCAUGCUUCGAACCUGAAUCUUCACCGGAAGCUGCUCUCUACUAGCUCGGAUAGUAGUGAAACGGUCCUGCCGAUGGAGAAACAGUUCCCCUCCUUCCCCGGACCACUUCCCACUGAGUUCCUAGCCCGGCUUUAUGCCGACUCCCAGAAGUUCCCUAUGAACUUGGAAGCCUUCAAGAACCACCUCCCGAAUGCCGGUACUUACGCGGAUCACUUCCUAAACGCAAACGGCCAGCGAUUCCCGCCGGCAGCCGCCAAUCCUUUCCUGUUCCCACCGCUGGGAGGUCUCGCCGGUUUUCCGGGACUGUCACAGUUCUCCCACCUUCUGCCACACCCCCUGAACGGCAUCUCGUCCCAGCUGACCACCGGCGGCGGCGGCGGCCGAAUGUCCCGCUCGGAUUCACCCAUCUCAGCCUGUUCCCCGCCAACCUCCACCAACAUUCCCUCACCCCUUUCGCACCAUCACCAUUCGGAUCAGCAGCAGGAAUCGGCCGCAGCUAUGCACCGAUCGCCGGCGGCCACGCCACUCGAGGAGGCACGCAAGGGCCAGAAAACUCCGGACUCCCUUUCGUGACCGACCAUGAUGCUGAUGGCGGGAAUCCAGCAACGGCAAUAGUCAGUAUGCGCACACGGCAGAUGAACAGCAACAGAUUCAGGGAUUCCACAGUUCCCCAACCCUCUUCACCACCCACCCGCCUCGGGCUAAUCAAAAGAGGCCCGCUCGCGUGUGUGAGUGUUUGUGUAUAGCAUAGGACGAUUAAUUAAGGAGGGCGCGUGCGCUCCCAAGCAAUGAUGUUAUCUCGGCAAUGAUGCAAUUGGAGAAAAAAAACAACUCUAGAACAGAAAAAAAAAACCCAGACGCAAACUCGAAAGACUCAAAUUUUCUUGUUUCGAAUUUUUGUUGAUUUUUAUUUUCGCUCUGGGUAUUAAGAUUGAGGAUUAAUCAAGCAUAUAAAGGAAAAAGUGAUCUCGUUUGACUCUCUUUUUAUAAAUAUACUUAUUUUGUAAUUAACGGUUAUCGCUAUUAAAUUAGGUUCUCCACGAGCUUAUCCGGAUGGAUUUUUAUUUCGUCCGGGUUCGAAUUAAGCUUAUCUCCCCCUCUUCUGAGCGCUGUGUUAGGGCUUCAAAAAAAAGUCGGAGAGAUCGUAAAUCACACUUAACGCAAAGUGCCCCCAGUGAUAUGUAACAAAAAAAAUUCUCAUGUUUUGGCACAGUUUCGAGGUUCAAAAACCGAAGCAAAAGCUCAUUUCGAACCACUAUUUCACAAGCAUAAAAUUUAAGGUUUUUAUUAGAAAAUUGAAACAAAAAUUAAAUCCGUAGCUUUCAUAAGAAAAAAAAAAAAGAAAUCGUAACACGUAAGCUUCUCCAGUUCCUAAAAAUGAGAAAAAAAAAUUUCCCCUGUGUAGCUUUCAUUCAUCGAAAGUUGGCGUAGACUUUUCCCAAAAAUUAAACAAACAACGAACUUUUACUUAAACAAACAUGUUUACUGUUUUUAACCAACGUACCUUUUAUUUUAUUUUAUCUCAUCAAACUAUUUAAAAAAAACACCAAAAUCUUCCACUACAAAAAUUAGACCCCUAGAUAAACGCUAAUUGUAAAACAAGAGAUCAAACAAAUGAACAAAACAACUUACGAAACAAACAAACAAACAAAGAAUCCCCUACUGAAUAUUCUCUAGGCUUAGAAGCUCGUCGCCGCAGACGAAUCGAUUCAAUAAAAUAUGUAAUAAUAAUAAUUGAAAAAUGUGCAAUAUUUUCGUCCUCUUUUGUGGUCUGUAAUAGGUAAUUGAUAGUAGUCCCUUAGUGUAAUUAUUGAAAAAAAAAAACAAAAAGCAGCGCAUAGUUACAAGAUAUGUACUUUUACGCAAACACUCUAGCCGUUAAGGGGAAACAAAUUUAGCAUAUUUAACCUUCUAAGUGAAUGAAUAAGUAAUUUAAACGUGAAUAAAAAAAAAACUUAUAAAAAUAUAAAUAAAAAUUCUACACUUUAGGAAAAAGAAUCGGACGUAAUGAAAGAAAAACCUGUAAAUAGUCUUAACAUUAAAACAUCAAAAGAACAGCGUAGAUAAUUACUUAAAUUGAUAUUAUCGGUUAGAAGGCCAGCUUCAUUCUAAAUGAAGCGUCAACAAAGAGAGAAUCAACUUACGAUUACGUAAAAUAAAAAAAAAUUAAACAUAGAAACUAACACACACACACAUCUCUUAUCCAUUCAUUCAAAAAUGAAAGAAGAACAAAAAUCAUAAAAAAUAUGAAAGAAAAAAUAUCAAAAAUAUCAAUAAUUAUACGAAUAAAAACAAACCAACAAUACACAUUAUCCCGCAAAACGGUAUCGUUUAAUGUUUUCCACGAAAAAAUCAAACGUAAAAAAAAAAACAAAUCUUUCGACUAUUGAAAAAAAACCUACUUGUUUCCGUUUCCGGCGUUAAGUUGUGUUGUCUUCUUGUUCCAAAUUGGCGCAAUAUAUUUCUCUCUAACAAUAUCAGUUUUUAUGAUACCGCAACAAACAAAUCAAAUACCUACCUUUAUAUUUAUUAUUUUUUAAUUGAACGGCGAAUAAAAUAUCGUGUCUUUCUCUCUAACUGCAAGAAGAACAAAGUAAAAAAAAUCAAACGUCACAAGCUGGACGAAGGUGAAAAAAAAAAGAAAAAAAAACAAUGAAAACAACCCUCCCAAAAAGUGGAAAAAAUAUGUGAAAAUAAA